AUGAUGGUCAUCCCAAAGCGACUUAUUCUUUGCCUCAUCCCAACUCCUGUAGUGAUGACGGUGUCACUAACGAUGACGAGUAAACUUGGGUUAGUUGUCGACGUUGGGAUUCACCUGUUGAAGGUUAUUGGCAUAAAGGCAAAUGAGCCAAGACCACGAAUUUAUUCAUCUGUCAGAGUUUGUUAUGCGCCAACCACUCUGAAAGCAUAUUCUAUGCGACUCAACAAGUUUUAUUUCAUUUCGUCAGAAAUUCAGUUCCGUGAGUUAACUCAGCAACUUGUAGAUCCAAGCUUCCAAGUAUCUGGAGAUAAAGCAGUGCUUGGUCAAGUUAUAUGUGCAUGCACCUCUUCAAUUCAAACAUUUCAUACCAACGAUUGUGCUUGCUUCGGCAUACCAAUUAUGAGAGCACCAACCAUCCUAAGGAGCCUCCCCAUACGCCACCUGCAACCCAGAGCACCGGCUGCUGUGGCCCCUUUGCCGGAAAAAACCCGGUUCCACCGCGAACUUGCGGCCGAGCUCAACACCCUCCGGUCACAAGGUGAAAUCGGGCUGCCUCAGUUGCUUGAUGCUGCAGUCACCACACAGAAAAUAGCCUCCGAUUCUCUGGUGAAAAUUUGUUACAGAGAUUGUGCUGAUCGUGGUGCUGUUGAUAAGUACCUAGAAGACAACGUUGAAAUUCUUGAUGCAUGCAAUUAUUUUAUGGACAAAAUGGAGCACAUCAAUAAGUACGUGGACUCGUUGAGGGUGGUUUUGCAUUUGGUUGACAGGGGUGGUGCUGCAAAGCCUACAACUCGUGCUUUGGAGCUUUUGGAGUCAUGUCAAAGCAUGGAAAAGAGGUGCAAAGCAAUGCAGAACCACCGUGGCUCUUGUUUGAAGAAGAUGUUGCGGCAAAAGCUAUGUCAUGAAACCGAAUUGAGUGAGGUUAUGUGUGGGUCUAAGGCCACGGCCUUGAUGUCUUGCAGGUUUCUUGAACUUGGUCUAUCGUUUGAUCCAAAACGUGGAUUGCCCCUGAUGAAGAUGUCUCAGGGUACGAGUUCUUGGUUGAGGAUGUUGCAGGAGUUGGCAAAGCAAGCAGAAGGGAGUGCUGAGAAGAAGGUGCAGAGAAGGAGAUGUCUGUCAUCUUUGUUAAUGCAGACAGAGGGUGCAGCUAGAGAGUUAAAGGAGCAGAUGAAGGGUAAAAGGGAAAAGGAGAUGAAAUAUGCUGUUGAGGGACUAAAGAUAUGCUGCAGGGAACUGGAGCAUGGGGUUGAAAUUGUUGAAGAAAGAGUGAAGAUUUUGUAUAAAAGUUUGAUUGAUGUUAGGAUGACUUUGUUGGGGAUUCUUUCCCAGCCUACAGUGUUAUGA